CGCCCGAAAUCUAUCGAUGCUCAUGAGCGCGCUCGGUUACGGUCCCUUCAUCAUGCGGAAACUGAGCCCAUCGAGUGGGAGCAGAUGGAAGUCUCAGGACCAGACAUCGAAGACAGGCACACCCUCUCACAGUUGGCACGCAUGACUGCCAACGCAUACCAACUACCAGGUCACAAGAACUGGUACGACCUCGAUUCAUCUUGGAACAGCUUUCCAUUUGGUUGGGAUAACGACGAAGACGGAUUCCGCGGCCAUGUUUUCGCUUCUAGAGACAAUUCCACAAUCGUGCUUUCAAUCAAAGGCACCACUCUUCAGGGACGUACAUCAAAGAAAGAUAAACUAAACGAUAAUCUACUCUUCUCAUGCUGUUGCGCCCGCGUCGAUUUUUCAUGGGUAUUUUCGACAGUGUGCGACUGCUAUUCCUGGUCAGCGCUACACCAGCGUUGUGACGAUACAUGCUUGUCCGCAGCUCUCACUCGAGACAGCCUAUUCUAUUCCACCGGCGUCAAACUCGUAAAGGAUCUGAUAUUCCUAUAUCCUUUCGCUGACAUAUGGCUCGUCGGUCAUAGUCUCGGAGGGAGUCUCGCUUCUCUCCUAGGAUCCACUUUCGGAUUACCAGCAGUAGCAUUCGAAGCUCCCGGCGAAAGAAUGGCAGCGAAUCGCCUCCACCUCCCACUCCCACCUCCUAUCGGGAGUAGCUCUCUUCCUCCAGUACCCAUCACACAUGUAUACCAUAAUGCCGAUCCGAUACCCCAGGGUACGUGUAGUGGUAUUGCGUCGCCUUGUGCUCAGGCUGGGUAUGCUCUUGAAACGAGAUGUCAUUUGGGAAAGAGCAUCGUGUAUGAUACUGUCCAGAAAUUAGGGUGGCAUGUGGAUGUGCGUAAGCAUGUCAUUAAGGAAGUUAUUUUAGAGGUCUUGGACUUGGAGGAAGGCUGGUCGGAUGAAGACGGGCGUGAGUGGGAUGUACCUGUGGCCCGUGAAGAAGAAGACUGUGUGGUUAGUAUUCUUGUGUCCUUUUGUUAGGUUUCAUCGCUCUAACGCCUUGUUCAUAGGACUGUUUCAAAUGGGAAUUUG